UUGUUGAAUUCACAACUAUCUACUUCUACUUCUAAUUCUAAUCAUCUUAUCUCAUAAUGGUGGCUUCCUUCAGACCCGUUUCAUUCCUUUUCCUUUUCCUUGCCUUUCUCUUUCUUCCUAACUUCUUCUUCUUCUUCUGCACCGGACUUUCUGAGCUUCGUUGCAUCGAUACCGAGCAACAGGCUCUUCUCAACUUCAAGCAACAUCUUAUUGAUCCUUCUAACCGGCUCUCCUCUUGGACUGUUGAUGGGGAUUGCUGUCAGUGGGUUGGUGUUGUCUGCCACAACCUCACUGCUCACGUCCAUCAACUCCAUCUCAGAAGUGUCCGUCCUAUUUGGGAUGAUUUUGCAACUCCUACAGAAAUAAAUGCAAAAGUUGAAGCUUGGGAGCGGUCAAUGUUUGGUGGUAAGCUACAUCCUUCUCUGCUUGAUUUGAAGCAUUUGAAUUACCUUGACCUCAGCUUCAAUAAUUUCUCUGCUUCUCCUAUUCCCUCAUUUCUCGGUUCAAUGAAGAGUUUAACAUCUCUUAAUCUCUCUCAAUCGAGAUUUGUGGGAGUCAUACCUCAUCAACUUGGAAAUCUCUCCAAUUUGCUCUAUCUCAAUCUCGAAGGUUUUCAAUUUUCUGAUUUAUAUGUGAAUAACCUUGAAUGGCUUUCUGGUCUUCCUUUGCUACAACAUCUCGAUAUGACUUGUGUUAAUCUUAGCAAAGCCUCUAAUUGGCUACAACUCACAAACACACUCCCUUCCUUGUUUGACUUGCGGUUUUCAUAUUGCCAACUUCCUUUCAUUCCACCGACACCCAAUGUUAACUUCUCAUCUCUCCUCACCCUCGAUCUUUCAGAGAACUAUUUUGAAAACACUUUGAUCCCUUCAUGGAUCUUUGGUCUUCGUAAUCUUGUUUCUCUUGAUCUAUCUUACAAUAACUUUCAAGGUCCAAUCCCUGUUGAUCUCCAAAACAUGACUUCUCUUAGUCACCUCGAUCUACAUGGAAACCAUUUCAACUCUUCAAUUCCCAAUUUGUUGUAUAGUUUUAGUCGUCUUGAGUUUCUCGACCUUCACUUCAAUAAUUUGCAGGGUACCAUCUCCAGUGCCAUUGGAAACUUAACAUCUGCCAUUAGUAUUGACUUGUCAGGAAAUGAACUUGGAGGAAAGUUGCCAAGAUCGUUGGGUAAUCUCUGUAACUUAAGGGAAAUCAGAUUGUCAUACAACAAAUGGAGUCAAGAGAUAUCUGAAAUCUUAGAAAGUUUAUCAGGGUGUCUUUCAGAUAGACUAGAGAUCUUAGAAUUAAGUUAUUCUCAACUUCAUGGUCAUUUGACGGAUGAGCUUGUGGUACUUAAAAAUCUAGUCAAACUUUCUUUUGAGAAUAAUUCAAUUUCGGGUCCAAUUCCAGUGUCUUUAGCAAAUCUUUCAUCUUUGACAUACCUAGAUUUUUCAAACAAUCAAUUCAAUAGUACAAUUCCUCAAAGUUUUGGACAGCUUUCCAAAAUUGAGACUUUAUAUAUUGAUUCUAAUAUGUUGAAAGGUGUUGUGUCCGAAGUUCAUUUUGCCAAUUUAACCAGAUUGAGGAUACUCUCUGCAGGAGGAAACCAAUUGACUUUAAAAGCAAGUCAAAAUUGGAUUCCUCCUUUUCAGCUUGAGUCUUUAUCCUUGCGAUCAUGGAAUUUAGGGCCAAAAUUUCCCCAAUGGCUUUGUUCACAAAGGAGUAUGCUGUUUUUAGACAUUUCUUACACACAGAUUUCAGAGAUGGCUCCUCCUUCAUUUUGGAACUUGUCUUCACAGUUCCAAAACCUAAAUCUCUCCCACAAUCUAAUCAAUGGAGAAAUUCCAAAUAGUCCGGUGAUUUUGUCUGCUUCAGCGAUUGAUUUAAGUUCAAACCAUUUCAAAGGUCCGUUACCUUGUAUAUCCUCUAAUGUGAAUGUGCUAGUUCUUUCUAACAAUUCAUUCUCCAGAUCUAUUUCUCACUUUUUUUGUUUUAGGGUGAAUGAGACAAAAAACAUAGAACAUCUCAAUCUUCAAAAAAAUCUUUUAUCAGGAAUAAUACCUGAUUGUUUGAUGAAUUGGAACAAAUUGAAGGUCUUGAAUCUGGGGAACAACAAUUUCAAUGGCAAUAUUCCAGCAUCCAUGGGAUCUUUGACUUAUCUUAAUUCUUUGCACCUAUACAACAACAAAUUCUCUGGAAAAUUACCAUCAUCUAUGAAAAAUUGUGAAGAGUUGGUAAUUAUUGAUGUUGCCGAAAAUAGGUUUUCUGGAAACAUACCUCCAUGGAUUGGGCAUAGAUAUACAGGCUUGAUGAUGCUUAGCCUUCGCUCAAACUAUUUCCAUGGUCACAUACCAAAAGAACUAUGUGCUCUUACUUCACUCCAAAUAUUGGACCUUUCACAUAACAAGCUAUCAGGAAGCAUACCUAGAUGUGUUAAAAAUUUUAGUGCCAUGGCCACAAAUAAUAUUUCAAAUCACUACAUGAAUUAUUAUCGUUUUGGAUCUCCUAUUGGUCAAAUUCUUCCUCCUGAAAGUGCAUUGCUUGUGAUAAAGGGGAACAUUCUUGAGUAUAGUACCAUCCUCUAUUUGGUAAAAAGUAUAGACUUUUCCAAGAACAGUCUAUUAGGAGAGAUCCCCAAGGAAGUUACCAAUCUUCAAGCAUUACAAUCAUUGAAUUUGUCAUAUAAUCUCUUGAAUGGAAGUAUACCUAUGAAUAUAGGUACUAUGGUACUAUUGGAAUCUGUUGAUUUCUCUAUGAACCAUCUUUCAGGUAAAAUUCCCUCAAGCAUGUCAAGUUUGACAUUUUUAAGUCAUUUGAACUUGUCAAACAACAAUUUGUCGGGGAAAAUCCCUUUAAGUACUCAGCUACAAAGCCUCGCUGCAUCGAGUUUUAUUGGAAACAAUCUUUGUGGACCACCACUUAUGGACAAUUGUACUGUAAAUGGUGUAAAACCCAACAAUGAAAACACUACGAGUAAAGAUACUAAUGGACUUGAAGUGGAUUGGUUCUAUGUGAGCAUGGCACUUGGAUUUGUGGUUGGGUUUUGGGGUGUUUGUAGUUCUUUACUAUUGAACAAGCCAUGGAGAAUAAUGUACUUUCAAUUCCUAGAUCAGUUAGGGUAUAAGCUUAAGAGUAUUGUUUCAUUGUAAGUAAAUAUUGUAAGAUUUUUAAUAUUUAGUGCAACUGUCAUUUGAUCAUGUUAAUCAAUA